CUGCGUUUUUCAGAUCCGCCGAAGGCAGGAGGGGUUCCUCGCUGCCAGCUAAGAGGGGUUUGGACAGGCAAAUGGUCAACGAAGCAGGUGGCGGUUUGUGRGAUGUCGGGCCGGGUUCCCGACAGACUGCUGGGAGGCCAGGUAUCACCAGCACCUGGCCGUGGCAAAGGGUUGACUACGCCCUCUGGGCCUGUCUUCAUGUCGUCCCCCUCUAGCGGAUGUGGUGGCCUGGUUGAUUCCUUCGUCGACAUCUGUUUGACGCCGCCUUGUACGACARCACAAGGGUUCGCUUCGGCAACGGAAGGGGCGGGGUCUGCCGGGAUCGCGUCUAGGUGGACAGGGUCCGUGAUGUUGCCAGCAGGUAGAGCUUUUAGUGCAUUCCAGCCUUUCAGUGCUGACUCAGUUGACGCACAUCAGGGGGGUGCGGAGGCCUUCGGCGGAAGUGCCGGUGCGGCCAUGUGUGUGCCGGUGGAGAGUGGUGGUGACAAGGGGGGGGCUUGUGGUUCGCAAAGGGGGGACUGCGGCGAUGCGCGUGGACGUCCCUGUCCACAAAAUCCCCCCGGCGGGGCGGGGCCAGCAGGUAUGCAGGCGUGCGGAGGUGGCCAAGGUCCCGCGGUUGGCAUGCAGUGGACUGCAAUCCAGUCUCCAGUGCCUUCGCGUCAUGACCGUGGGGGGAUUGCARACACCGGGUCACGUGGGCAGGUCGAUUGCAAUGUUGACCUGUAUAUGAAAGACAACGAGUGGGGCGGCAACGACAUCUUAUCUGGGGACAUGGUUCUCGUGCAUUCGCCGAACAGAGACAAUGAAGCARAUGAYGAAAAYGAUGGCAAUGGGAUAGGAUCACAAGCAGACRAGGGCACCRAACCGCAUGGGGUUCAUAGCACGCAGGAGGGUUGUAAUGGCAGCCAAGAACCAUUGUCGUCGCAACGAGAGACAACCCAGUUGGAAGCUGACGGUUCCCAGGGAGCGGCACGCACCCGCAAACGAGAAGAUAUGGGCAAUGGCCGCACGUCUAAGCAAGCUUGGGUGGAGAUUGCAAACGCUUUGACUGCUGCAGCCUCACCGGAUAGUGCUCCCGCUGAGGGAGCACCUGCUGCGGCUUCGGACCGUGCCCCCACACAGGGAGCACCUGCUGCCACUUCUGACACUGCCCCCGCACAGGGAGCAGGCAACAGUGAUCCACCCCCCUCAUACAAAAGGGCACGGACUGCCCAAAACGCACGAGAGAAGUCGUUCAAAGAAUUGGGAUCGUGGAUGCAGGCACAGACUGGUGCCUUGAAGCACCACACAGACAAGAUGUUGCAGUGUGCGGAGCUGACCGUAUCCGCCAUCAACCGCCAAUCCUCAACUGUUGCCGCUGUGCAGCGAGAUUGUGCGCAGCUGAUAGCGCAAAAGAUGGAAUACGGGUGGAAAGUCAUAGCUGACCUUGUGCGGGAGUCCCAGCUGGCCCGUGAUAACUGUACCAGUCGUCCUGCAACAGGCGAAUCCCCACCCACGGACCACGGCACAGCCACCACGAGCUGUUCGGAGGACACAGAGGAGUUCCGUGGCGCCGCACGGCGGGCGUCAUGAUUUUUUUUUUUUUUUUUUUUUGCAUCGUCGACCUUGUGACAUCUACCAGUGUA